CUCUUUUUUUUUUUUCAUUUUUUUUUCAAUCAAAAUGCCAUUCUCGCUCAAAGUGACGGUGAUCCAAGCCGAGGACUUGAAGAACGUCGAGUCGACGCUUUUCAACAAGGAGGCAAAGAGCGACCCUUACUGCUCCGUCACGUUCCAAGAAAAGAAGCAGCGCACGGAGGUGGUCGAGAAAAACCUCAACCCGCAGUGGAACCAGACCUUCGACUUCCCUCUGACAAGCGCACUGGAGGCGGGCGCAACCGUCUUGCUGCGCGUGAGCGACUAUGAAAAGGUCGGCAUGAACCGCCUGCUCGGUCAGGUCGACGUUCAGGUCGGCUUCCUCGCAAAGAAGUUUGAGCACGAGGCGUGGUACUCGCUCCUCGACAAGGGGAACGCUCCCACCCAAGGCCGCAUCAAGGUCUCGUUCAAGUACGACGACGGCACUGGAGGCCGCAAGUCUGCCGCCGCCGCCGCCGCGGCUGCCAGCUCGUCCUCUUCUGCUGCCGCUGUCGCAGAUUCGGAUGCUGAUAUGACCGACGCCGCCGGUGAGACCACCGCUGGCGAGGAAGGCAGUGACUAUGAUGUGGAUGAGGCAGGCAACCCUGUCGAUCCCACCGACCCUGUCGCAGCCAAGAAGCGCGCCUCACGCGCACGUGCACGCAAGCGCAAGGCGGGCGGUGCCAAACUCUCCACCAAGCCUGCAGAUUACCAAAUCCGCAUCAACAUUAUCGAGGCCCGCUCGUUGCCUGGUAUCGGCUCGCUGGACCCUGUGGUGAAGAUUGCCUGCAGCAAGCAGCGCCAGCAGAGCAAGGUGAAAAAGUCGACCAACCACCCCUUCUACAAUGAGCUCUUCUUUUUCAACUUUUUCGAGUCGCCUGCCAAGCUGUUUGACGACACGAUCGAGUUGUCCGUGUACAAUGCGCGCCGCGUCCGCAAGGACGCCUUCCUCGGCUCGUUCAAGCUCGACAUUGGCAUGAUUUACGACGAGCCGCAGCACAUGCUGCAGCGCAAGUGGGUCAUGCUCACCGAUCCCAACGACCGCGGCAAGGGCUCGAUGGGCUACCUCAAGGUGACCAUUCUUGUGGUCGGUCCUGGUGACGAGGUGCCCGUGCUCGAUACGGUCGUUUACGAUGCUGACGAGGAUAUUGAAGACAACUUGCUUCGGCCUCCGGGCGUCGAGCUCGAGCCGAUCGAUCUUGCGGUCAAGGUUUACGCAGCGGAAGAUUUGCCCCAGAUGGACUUUUCCUUCAAGCUUGGCAUUAAAAAGUUGGACAAGCUCACGGGUCAGGCGGGCAAGCAGAACUGCGACCCCUACUGCGUUGUUAGCUUUGCUGGCAAGAAGGCCAAGACCGAGGUCAUUCAAAACUCGUACUUCCCAACCUUCAACGAGGAGCUGCACCUUCCAAUGCAAAUCCCGUCCAUGUGCGACAAGAUCAAGCUGCAGGUGAUGGACUCCGACCUCGGCAUUGUCCUGAACGAGGACGACAUUGUCGGCACCCAUUUCAUCUCGCUCACGCAGAUCUCGUCCACCGAUCCCGACAAGGGCUUCCUGCCGGCCUUUGGUCCUGCAUGGAUCAACCUGUACGGCGCCCCGCGCGAGUUUGAGACGUUCGAGAGCGAUCACGCCGAGUUGAUGAACAAGGGCAUGGAAUCCGGUUGCGCCUACCGUGGCCGUGUCCUUGUUGAAAUCACCGGCAACCCGGCCACCAGCGAGCUGCCCGACCCGAAGAGCCCCAUCCUCCCCGCCGAUGAGGAGCGUGUGCAAGGCUUCCUGAAGCGUCGCGACUAUUGCCUCCGCGUUGCCUUCCUGGAGGGCAGCAUGAUUGACGAGGAUGCUGCCAAGCACCCCAUCGAAUUUGAGGUGAGCAUGGGUAACGUCGGCAACAAGUUUGACGUGGAAGCCUCCAACGGUCAGCAGUCCACCACCAACAACGAGACUGCGCUGUACGAUGGCGUCCACUACUCGUACAUGCCGUGGAACAGCAAGAAGCCAUGCGUCGAGCUCAACUCUGAGUGGGAAGACGUUCUCUACCGCUUCCAGUCGCUCAACCGCGUCCGUUUCAUUGUGCGCACGCUGAACGAGGGCAUUGAGAAGGCCUCUGCAGUGCUUGCCGACCUGAUUCGCCAGAGCGAGUUGGAGGCUGCGCUCGGCACGUCGGUCAUGUCCACUGGCGGUCGCGCCGAUGGUUCUGGUGAUCGUCGCCCCAGCCGUAUCAAGCACAGUGGUGUGACACUUGAAGGCCUUGCCGAGCCGAGCCUCGUCUCAUCCAUUGUCAGUGUCUGCAACUCGCUCAUGACCGCAGCUCGCGUCCCGCUUCCGGCGCUGCCCGAAGGCCGCUUUACGCUGCUCGAUCGCUACGUGCACGAGCUGCGCGAGGACGAGAAGAUUCUGGCUGCCGAGAAUGCCCAAGAAGUGCGUGACGCCCUGUCGCAAAACCUUCGCACCCCACUCGAGGCCAUCGAGGCGUUGCGCGACAUUGCCGCCCGCCUCAGCGACACGGCCACCGAGAGCCAGGCCUGCAUUCCCGACAUUAUCAUCUGGAUGAUUAGCGACAAGAAGCGCAAGGCGUACGUUCGCAUCCCCGUGUCGGACGUUCUGUUUGCCGAUCGCGUCGAUGAGCGUGGUGAAUUCUUUGGUGUGGCGCGCGCCGUCACGCUCAUUUCGCCGACCGCCGACCCGAAGAAGAAGGCCGAGAGCGUCAUUCCCGCGCGUCUCCAGCUCAAGAUUUGGUUUGGUGCUGCCGACUCUGAGGUCAAGUGGCGCAAGCACAACCUCGGCGGCGGCCAACUGGUCGUGCUCGCCGAGUCGUACCAGAACGAGCGCUACCUGCCCGUCAAGGGCUGGUCGGACAUGCUGCUGCCUGUCGACCCGCCCAAGUGGUCUGACAAGGCCGGCAAGGAGGCGCGCCAGCCCGAUCAGGUCGAGUUGCCUCCGGGCUGGAGCUGGGUGGGCGAUUGGUUCCUCGAUCCCGAGACGCUCGACAUUGACACGGACUCUGGCCAAGAUGUCGUCAUUGAGGAGACCUUUGAGAAUGAGCGCUACUACCCGCUCAAGGGCUGGGGCUCUGUCAUGAAGACCGACCGCCCGACCUGGUCGGACACGACGGGCCAGGAGGAGCUGCAGCGCGAAAAGUUUACCCUCAAGCAGGGCUGGCUGUGGGCUGGCGAGUGGAAGGUGGACCAAAACCGCGCUGUCGACGAGCUUGGCUGGGAGUACGGCGUGACCUUUGACAACAAGUGGCACCCGUCCAAGAAGAAGGUGCACUUUGUGCGUCGUCGUCGCUGGAUUCGCACCCGCGAGCGCGAUCCCAACUUUGACCCGCGCACGCUCGAUCGCGCCAACGAACGCUCCAAGAACCUGGCCGAGACUGGCGACGGCUGGCAGUACGCCGUGGACUUUAGCCGAAAGUUCCACAACGAAAACCGCACCCUCGACACGGCUCGUCGCCGUCGCUGGCGCCGCGAGCGCAUUCUGGUUGACGGCAGCCCGGCUGUCGGUCCUCCGAUCAAGAACAGCUUCUCGGCUGGCGCUUGCUUGUCCUUCCACGAGUCUGAGACCUUCCAGCUUCGUGCGCACAUUUACCAGGCGCGCGACCUCAUUGGCGAGGACAAGAGCGGCUUGUCCGACCCCUACGUGCGCAUUUGCUUUGGCAACCGCUCGGCCAAGUCCCUCCUCAUCGAGCAGAACAUUUCGCCCACUUGGGACCAGCUGCUCGUCCUCGACGACAUUAUGCUGUACGGCACGGCCCAGGAGAUUGCUGCUUCGCUGCCCGAGGUCAGCAUCGAGGUGUUUGACUUUGAUCAGAUUGGCCAGGACGACUUCCUUGGCCGCGCGUUCGUGCAGCCCGUCCUCCGCUCGGUCCACCGCGGUCUGUCGACCUCGGCUCGGCUUCAGUGGAUUCCUCUUUCCCGCGUUGGAGAGCCUGCCGGCGAGAUUUUGGCCGCGUUUGAGGUCAUUCCGAUGCGCGAAACGGGCAAGAACUUGCCGCUGCCCCCCAAGGUCAACGUCUUUGAGGCGCUCACCAACAAGCCUCGCCAGAUUCGUCGCCUGCCCGAUGAUGUGCGCCCCGUCAUGGAGCGCUGCCGCGUCGAAGUCUUCACCUGGGGUCUGCGUCAGAUGAAAAAGUACCGCUUGCUCACCGUCGACUCGCCCAACGUUGAGUUUGAGUGCGGUGGCAUCUCGCGCUCGACCGAGCGUCUGCGUCACCUGUCAAAGUUCCCGAACUUUGCUCAGCCUUUCCUUGCGCUCGAGGUCGACUUGCCCAUCGAGGAGGUGUACGCCCCGCCGCUCAACGUGCGCGUGUACGACAACCGCAAGUUUGGCCGCAAGCCACUGGUCGGCGUCCACUCCAUCCACUCCCUGCAGCGUUAUCGCCGCAAGGACAACAGCCCUCAGCUCGCAAUCGAGUUUGUGGAAGGGGCUGCCGCCGGGCCCGGCGCAGGUGCGAUCGCCACCGACGAGGAGGAGGUUGACAACGACAAUGCUCCUCUCAUUGGCGCUGUCGCCAUCGAUGUCGGAUCCUCGCGAGCUGCGAGCGCUGCCAGCGUCAAGCCCGUCGUGGCAGGCGGUGCGGGUGGCGAUGUGCUCGCGCCCGAGGCGAGCGUGGACAAGUCGCUCCAGGUCAAGAAGCCCUCGGAGGAGGACAAGCCGGAAGACUCGUCGGUCGACUGGUGGACCAAGUUCUUUGCCUCGGCCGCCAGCAUGAAUGCGCCCGAGCCGCUGAGUGACGUCAACGCUGGCGUCCUCUCGAUGGACGACGACCCCGACCCAAGCGUCUUUGCCAAGCUCAAGAAGAAGAUGAAGAAGACGGGCAAGAAGGACAUGGACAAGGAGCACAAGAUUGCCGCCCUCAAAAAGUACACUGGCGACAUUGUCGAAGUCUACCGCGAGGAGCUCGAAAUGCGCUUCAACUUUAACGACACGCUCGAGUCCUUUGCUCUCGCCCGCGGCAAGGCGGACGACGGCGACUCGGAGGAGUGUGGUCAGUUCAAGGGCAACUUCCGCAUCUACCCCGUGCCGCGAGAUGCGCCGCAGCUCGACCCGACCGAGCUCGGCCGCUGGCUGCCGUGGGUCCCGUCGAACGCCCAGAUGGACGUGCUCGUUCGUGUGUACAUUGUGCGCGGCAUCGACCUGCAGGCUCUCGACGACAAUGGCAAGUCCGACCCGUACUGCAUUGUCUCGCUGGGUGGCAAGAAGAACAAGACCAUCAAGGAUCGCGACAACUAUGUGCCCGCCACGCUCAACCCGCAGUUUGGCCGCAUGUACGAGCUGAACGCCACCCUCCCCAUGGACAAUGAGCUCACCAUCACGGUCAUGGACUGGGACGCUGUCAGCGCGGACGAUCUGAUCGGCGAGACCAAGAUUGAUCUUGAGCGCCGUCUGCUCAGCACGUGCCGCGGCACGGUCGGUCUGCCCCAGACCUACCAAACGAGCGGCAUCAACGUGUGGAGGGACUCGCAACGUCCCACAGAAAUCCUCAAGGACUGGUGCACCACCAUGCGUCUGCGCGAGCCCGUGUACGACCAAAACCUGCCCUACUCUGUGACCAUUCCCGGCAUCCGCAACGGCAAGUUUGUUGCCAAGGGCGACCAGGCCCUCACCAAGGGUCUUGCGCACGAGAACGGCGCGCUGAUGGCGCUCCGCUCGCUCGGCCUCGUGCCCGAGCACGUCGAGACCCGCCGCCUCAUCAACCCGAUGCAGCCCGAGCUCGAGCAGGGCAAGCUGCAAAUGUGGGUGGACGUCAUCCCCAAGAGCCUGGGUGACAUUAAGCCGCCGGUUGACAUUUCCCCUCGCAAGGCCACCAAGUACGAGCUGCGUGCCAUCAUCUGGAACACCAAGGACGUCAUCUUUGCCGACGUCUCCAUCACUGGCGAGAAAAUGUCUGACAUUUACGUCAAGGCGUACAUGCGCGGCUUGGAGAAGGACAAGCAGCGCACCGAUGUCCACUACCGCUCGCUCAAUGGCGAGGGCAUGUUCAACUGGCGCUGCUGCCUGCCGCUGAGCUACAUGCCUGCUGAGGAUGUCAUGGUGAUUGAGCAGAAGGCGCACUUUUACUCGCUCGACAAGGAGACCACCAAGGUGCCCCCGCUGCUCGCCAUCCAGGUCUGGGACAAUGACUUUUUCAAGCCCGAUGACUACCUCGGCAACAUUGAUCUCAACCUGAGCAAGAUGAUCCCCUUCGAGAAGAAUGCCUCUGGCUGCAAGCUCGGCAAGGAGUACAGCGAGGGCGACUACAUUUCGCUGUUUGAGAAGAAGCGUGUCAAGGGCUGGAUUCCAGUCACCCGCGGUACCAAGGAUCAGCUUGAGAUGACGGGCAAGGUCGAAAUCGAGAUUGAGCUCCUCACUGAAGAAGAGGCCGCCGAGAAGCCUGCCGGCCAAGGUCACAGUGAGCCCAACCAGUAUCCUGUCCUCGAGAAGCCAAAGCGUCCCGCGACCUCAUUCAUUUGGUUCCUCAACCCGUGGAAGUCCUUCCGCUACAUCAUCUGGAAAAAGUUCAAGUGGUGGAUUAUCUUGGGCCUCAUCAUCCUGUUCAUCGCGCUCUUCAUUUUCAUCUUCCUGUACUACUUCCCCAACUACUCGGUCAAGAAGAUUAUGGGCGUGUAAAGCGCACAUCCCGUUGCGUGUCUUGUGGUGUUUUUGUUUGCUGCUACGUUGCUGCCGUGGCGUUGUCGGCUCGCGACCUUAUUGUUGUGUUUAGUCUUGCUCUGUUUCGUGCAUGCUUCAUUCCAUCGCUUGCGUAUGCCACCAUGUCGAAUACACACUGUUUGAGAA